UUUCCUCUUUCUUGCGUCCUUUUUCUCUCUAGGAUCAGAACGAAGAAAAGGAACCAAAGCACCAAACCUUAAUCAUAUAUACGAUACACACACACCUGUAUACGAUACACACACACCUGUAUAUGAUUAUCUUUCCGACCACCCCUGAAAACCCUAAUAGCUGUCGUCCAUGUGAAAAGAACACGUUCGCAAAACACCAUUAAAGUCUCUCCCUUUUACUUCGACUCUUUAUUAGGGCUUCUAAAUUCCUAAUUAUUAAUUUCCAUAAAAGCGAUCCACAUCUCUGUUUUGUCUCUCCUCUCCUUUCCUCUCCUUCUAUAUAUGUAUAUGUAUAAAUGUGUGUGUAUGUAUUAUAUAUAAUAAAUAGCAUUAACAGCAAUGGUGGUGGAAUCAUCUGAGAAUCACUGUCGCCGGAGUUCUCCGGGUAGUUCCGGCGAGGUGCCGGUGGAAAUCACGAGGGAGGAUGGCAAUGGCAAUGGCAAUGGCAAUGGCAAUGGCAGCGAAUCAACGAGCACAGAGGCUGUUCAAUGUUCGCUGGCUGGCCCGAGUUCUUCAGGGUCUGUUGACAGGAAUGUUCCCAGACAGGACAUCAUGCUUGUGGAAAGAUCAACUGCAGAUAAAUCAAAGCCAACCACCAGUGAGCCUAUUAAAACUAGGAGAUGCAAACGCAAUAAUACUUUUGGAAUAGUGGCAGCAAAAAUAUUUGAUGAAAAGAUUCCUCUGAAAAAGAAGCUCAAAUGGGUGAACCGACUUGCUACUGUUCAAGAUGACGGAACUGUACAAUUUGAAGUUCCAGGAGAUAUUAAACCUCAAAAUCUUGAUUUUGGAACGGGAGUCAUUUAUAAUGGAGCUACUGAUGCAGCUGUUGAUGUUGAACGCAUGCAAGAUCUACCUCCACUGCAAAUUGUUAUGCUUAUUGUUGGAACACGAGGAGAUGUACAACCAUUUGUUGCAAUUGGAAAACUUUUACAGGAACAAGGUCAUAGGGUGAGACUAGCAACUCACUCAAAUUUUAAAGAGUUUGUCUUGGCUGCUGGGUUGGAGUUUUUCCCCCUUGGUGGAGAUCCAAAAGUUCUUGCUGGCUACAUGGUGAAGAAUAAAGGCUUCUUGCCAUCAGGACCUUCGGAGAUAUCAAUUCAACGAAAUCAAAUGAGGGAUAUUAUAUUCUCUUUACUUCCUGCAUGCACGGAUCCUGAUCCAGACACUAAAAUUCCAUUUAAAGUAGAAGCAAUAAUUGCCAAUCCCCCGGCAUAUGGGCAUACUCAUGUUGCAGAGGCACUCAAAGUGCCACUCCAUAUAUUUUUUACAAUGCCAUGGACGCCUACUAGUGAAUUCCCACAUCCUCUUUCUCGUGUUAAACAGCAAGUUGCAUAUAGGCUAUCAUAUCAAAUUGUUGACACAUUAAUCUGGCUUGGAAUACGAGACAUGAUAAAUGAAUUUAGGAAGAAAAAACUAAGGUUGAGGCCUGUGACAUAUUUAAGUGGUCAUUAUAGUUCUCCUCCAGAUGUGCCGUAUGGAUAUAUUUGGAGUCCUCAUCUUGUUCCUAAGCCAAAAGAUUGGGGACCUAAAAUUGAUGUAGUUGGGUUUUGCUUCCUAGACCUUGCCUCAAAUUAUAAGCCUCCUGAUUCACUUGUGAAAUGGCUCGAAGUUGGUGAAAAGCCUAUCUAUAUUGGAUUUGGUAGCCUUCCUGUUGAAGAACCAGAGAAAAUGACCCAGAUUAUUGUUCAAGCUCUGGAAAUGACUGGACAAAGAGGAAUCAUUAACAAAGGUUGGGGUGGCCUUGGGAACCUGGCAGAACCAAAGGACUUCGUGUACCAACUGGACAAUUGCCCUCAUGACUGGCUGUUCUUACAAUGUGCUGCUGUGGUGCACCAUGGUGGUGCUGGAACAACUGCUGCUGGUCUUAAAGCUGCAUGCCCAACAACUGUUGUACCCUUCUUUGGAGAUCAACCUUUCUGGGGAGAGCGAGUACACUCUAGAGGAGUAGGUCCCCCACCCAUCCCUGUUGAUGAAUUCUCACUUGAAAAGUUGGUGCCUGCAAUAGAGUUCAUGCUAAAUCCCAUGGUGAAAGAACGCGCUGUGGAACUGGCCAAUGCCAUGGCAAAUGAGGAUGGGGUGACUGGAGCAGUUAAAGCCUUUCACAAACAUUUUCCUCGCAGUAAGCUUGAGCCUGAGCCUGAUAAAUUGCCUCGAUCCAAUCGUUUUUCCUUGAGACGGUGUUUUGGCUACUCUUAAUUUUCAAGGUCAUUGUUCCGUCAGUUUAUCGUGUAAGUAAUCGAGUGUGAUCAUCACAAAUACUGGAAUGUUGUAAGUUUGCCUAUUAACUCUCUGAUGACACAAGAACUGAAUCACAUAUCUCAGUCAUGGUUGUAUUAUAUAGAAAAUUGCUUUGUUGUACAACUUGUAUUUGAGUAAUUCUUUGGUUUUAUACUGUUGCUAAUGUUGUUGUAAUUGUUGACCCUC